AUGCAGCGCUUCACCGUCAACAUCAAGCUGCCGGCUCGGACCCUGACGGGCGCCCUGAGCGCGCACAACCGGGGCGCGGCGGAUUGGGGCUGGCAGGGUUUGAUUGCCUAUGGAUGCCAUUCCCUUGUGCUCGUAGUGGAUGCCAGCUCUGCUCAGACCUUGCAGGUUUUGGAAAGACACAAAGCCAGUGUUGUCAAGGUUAAAUGGGCUAAGGAAAAUUACCACCACAAUAUUGGCUCUCCAUAUUCCUUACGUUUGGCUUCUGCUGAUGCCACAGGGAAAAUCAUUGUUUGGGAUGUGGCAACAGGAACAGCUCGCUGUGAAAUACAGGAACAUUCAAAGCCCAUCCAAGACAUGCAGUGGCUGUGGAAUCAGGAUGCUUCCAGAGAUUUACUGCUUGCAGUUCACCCACCAAAUUAUAUUGUACUGUGGAAUGCUGACACAGGCACCAAACUUUGGAAGAAAAGUUAUGCUGAAAAUAUCCUGUCUUUUUCAUUUGACCCCUUUGAUCCCUCACGUUUAGCUUUGCUCACCAGUGAAGGAAUAGUGUUCAUCUCUGACUUCUCCCCUUCCAAAGCUCCUGCCAGCUCAGGGAAGAAAGUUUACAUCUCCAGUCCCCAUUCCAGUCCUUCUCACAACAAGCUGGCUGCUGCUACAGGGGCCAAAAAGGCCCUUGAUAAAGUAAAAAUCCUAAUCAGUAAUGAAAAACCAAGUGCUGAAUCUGUCACACUCAAUGACUGUCUUCAGUUGUCUUAUUUGCCUUCCAAAAGAAACUACAUGCUCUUACUGUAUCCCAGGGAAAUUCUGAUUCUUGACUUGGAAGUGAAUCAGACAGUGGGUGUGAUUGCCAUUGAAAGGACAGGGGUGCCUUUCAUACAGGUAAUCCCUUGUUUUCAGAGGGAUGGGUUAUUUUGCCUACAUGAAAAUGGUUGUAUCACAUUAAGGGUUCGCAGAUCCAACUGCAGCAUCACUGCAACUCCAAGUGAGGAGCCAGAUCCAGAGCCAGCUCAGGAGCUGGUUUAUGAUUUAAGGAGUCAGUGUGAUGCCAUCAGAGUGACCAAAACAGUUCGACCCUUCAGCAUGGUGUGCUGCCCAGUGAAUGAGAAUGCUGCAGCUCUCAUAGUCAGUGAUGGCAGGGUGAUGAUCUGGGAAUUAAAAUCCAGCAUUUCUGGCAGAAAUGUGCGGAACAGCAGUUCAAGUGCAUCACCUUUGUAUUCCCCAGUCUCCUUCUGUGGAGUCCCUGUAGGAGCACUCCAGAAUAAACUUCCAGACCUCUCAUUAGACAACAUGAUUGGGCAAGGUGCAAGCGCUGGAGAAGAGUUAAGGAAUUCAUUUCUGCAGGAAGUGCACCUCAAAUUCCUGCUGACAGGACUCCUGUCAGGGCUGCCUCUGCCUCCAUUCGCCAUCCGCAUGUGCCCGCCCCUCACUACCAAAAACAUCAAACAGUAUGAGCCCAUCCUUGCUGUUGGUACAAGCAAUGGCUCUGUCCUGGUGUUUCACCUCACAAGUGGACUCCUCCACAAAGAGUUAAGCAUCCAUUCCUGUGAAGUCAAGGGAAUUGAGUGGAUAAGCUUGACUGGGUUCAUUUCCUUUGCCACAUCAACACCCAACAAUCUGGGACUGGUCAGGAAUGAGCUGCAGCUGGUGGACCUUCCAACAGGCAGGAGCCUUGCGUUCCGUGGGGAGCGAGGCAACGACGAGCCAGCCAUCGAAAUGAUCAAGGUGUCUCAUUUGAAGCAGUAUCUAGCUGUGGUAUUUAAAGACAAACCACUGGAGAUCUGGGAUGUCAGAACUUGUACUCUGCUCAGAGAAAUGUCUAAGAACUUCCCUACAGCCACUGCUUUGGAGUGGUCACCUUCCCAUAAUUUAAAAAGCCUGAGGAAGAAGCAGUUGGCAGCCAGGGAGGCCAUGGCCCGGCAGACAGUGGCAUCAGACACUGAGGUCAGCAGUGUGGAAUCCUCUGUGAUCAGCUUGUUGCAGGAAGCUGAAAGUAAAUCAGAGCUGAGCCAGAACAUCUCUGCCAGAGAGCACUUUGUGUUUACAGGUGCUGAUGGGCAGGUUUAUCAUCUCACAGUAGAGGGAAACUCAGUAAAAGACAGUGCAAGAAUUCCUCCAGAUGGAAGUAUGGGUAGCAUUAGUUGUAUUGCCUGGAAAGGGGAUAUCCUGGUUCUUGGAGAUGUUGAUGGAAACUUAAACUUCUGGGAUUUGAAAGCUAGAGUAUCCAGGGGGAUUCCUACACACCGGAGCUGGGUGAAAAAAAUACGCUUUGCCCCAGGGAAAGGAAAUCAAAAACUUCUUGCAAUGUACAACGAUGGGGCAGAAAUUUGGGAUUCAAAAGAGGUACAAAUGGUGAGCAGUUUAAGAAGUGGGAGAAAUGUGAAUUUCCGGAUCCUGGAUGUGGACUGGUGCACGUCAGACAAAGUGGUGCUGGCUUCAGAUGAUGGAUGCAUCCGAGUGCUGGACUUAUCCAUGAAACCCUCCUGCUUCAGGAUGGAUGAGCAGGAUUUAAUAGAACCUGUCUGGUGUCCCUACCUGCUUGUUCCAAGGGCUUCAUUAGCUUUAAAAGCAUUCCUGCUGCAUCAACCUUGGGAUGAGAAAUAUUCUCUAGAUAUUAUGGACAUUGAUUAUCCAGAGAAUGAAAAUAUUAAAAACCUUCUUCAAGAGCAGUUGAAUUCAUUGUCCAAUGACAUAAAGAAGCUUCUGCUUGAUCCAGAUUUUACUCUCCUUCAGAGAUGUCUGCUGGUUGCCAGACUCUAUGGGGAUGAAUCUGAACUGCAUUUCUGGACUAUUGCUGCCCACUAUUUGCACAGUUUAUGCCAGGAAAAGCCUGCAAAACGAGACACAAUUGUCCUUCAAGAGCAGUUGGUUAAUCCUCUGGAUAUAUGUUAUGAUGUACUGUGUGAAAAUUCUUACUUCCAGAAAUUCCAGCUGGAAAGGGUAAACCUCCAGGAAGUGAAGAGAUCAACGUAUGAUCAUACCAGGAAAUGUGCUGAUCAACUUCUUCUCUUGGGCCAGACUGACAGAGCAGUGCAACUACUGCUAGAAACCAGUUCAGAGAAUGCACAUUAUUACUGUGAUUCACUCAAGGCUUGCCUGGUCACAACUGUCACCUCCUCAGGGCCAUCUCAAAGCACCAUUAAACUGGUGGCAACCAACAUGAUAGCCAAUGGAAAGCUUGCAGAGGGGGUGCAGCUGCUGUGUCUGAUUGACAAGGCUGCGGAUGCCUGUCGCUACCUGCAGACCUACGGCGAGUGGAACCGUGCAGCGUGGCUGGCCAAGGUCCGGCUGAGCUCGGAGGAGUGUGCGGACGUGCUCCGGCGCUGGGUCGAUCACCUCUGCUCCCCGCAGGUCAACCAGAAAUCCAAGGCCCUUCUUGUCCUCCUGUCUCUUGGCUGCUUCACAAAAGUUGCAGAGAUGUUGCACAGCAUGAGGUACUUUGAUAGAGCAGCUUUAUUUGUAGAAGCUUGUCUGAAGUAUGGGGCAUUUGAAGUUAAUGAUGAUACAAAUAAAUUGAUCCAUGCUGUGUAUGCAGAUUAUGCCAGAAGCUUGAAGCUCUUGGGUUUUAAGGAGGGAGCUGCUCUCUUUGCCUCAAAAGCAGGAGAAAGUGGGAAGGAGCUUCUGAGUGAACUCAAAGAGCCAAAGGAGGAGGUGACACAGGAGUGAGAAUUCUGUGCUUGUGAGGUUUUCUGGCAGAUUGGGAUCCCACUGGGUGAAGUCACAUUUUUCUUUUGAAUCACUGUAAUAAAUGAUCUGUGUGAUUUGAGCAAAUACUGCUAAAUGUGUUCAAAGUCAGGAUUAAGAACUGUGGUGUUGCUUUUUUUGUUAAAUUUGUCUGCACUUUCACAAGAGGGGAAAGAAGCUUAUGAUAAACUUAUAAAAUAGUAUUUCCACUUUUUCAACUGUAGCAGGAAUCAAAUUUAAAAAUGUGCUGGAAUGCUUCCAUACGUGUGUAGAAGUCUGGUCCAUUAACUUCUAAAAAUCAAAUCUUAAUAGGACUUCAAUAUGGUUGUAUUUAUAUGUAAAAAUGAUUGAGUCUGUACUGUAAAAAUAUAAAUAUAUUUAAAAAUAAAUAGAAAUCGCAAAGCACACAGUUCUUUCCUGGAACAUCAUGUUUUUUCAGUCCAAUUUUUUGUUUAAAAUUGCUGUUAUUUUAAAUCAAUUCACUGUAUUGUCAUUUCCAUAACUGCCUGGGAUGGAAUCCUAAAUAAGUUCGCUUAAAAAUGUUA